AUGCCUCCAAAAAAGAAAAAAGCGAAAAAGAAGAAGAUCGAGAGGGAAAAGAUGAAAGAGGGCGACACUGUGCAAAGUGAAAAGUUCACAUGGCGAGUAAUUAAACUGCUUGGUUCUGGUGGUUUUGGCGAUGUGUAUAAGGUAGUGAAACAUAACCAUCCGGACAAAACGGAAUCCGCAAUGAAAACAGAAAUGGUGAUCGGUAAUCGGAUGAUGCUAAGAUUAAAAAUUGAAGUAAUGGUGUUGAUGAAAUGCCAUGAACAGGCGGAUCCAGAAAAAAAGGCGCACUUUGUCGAUUUCGUGGAUCGUGGUAAAACGGCAAAGUUUAAGUUUCUCGUGAUGGGCUUAGUUGGACCAUCAUUGGAGGAUAUUCGAAAGAAAGAGCUGGUCAGAAAUUUCUCUAAAUCCACAGCAAUGCAAUGUUGCAUACAGACGAUGAUAGCUGUAAGAGAUCUUCAUGGAAUAGGGUAUUUACACAGGGAUAUAAAACCGCAAAAUUACGCCAUAGGAAUAGGACCAAAAGAAACUACCAUCUACAUGUUAGAUUUUGGUAUCGCUAGGAAAUAUACAGAGGCAGACAACAAGACGAUAAAGGUACCACGAAUAAAAGUACACUUCUUGGGGACGUUAAGAUUCGCAUCACGAGCGUGUCAUAAACAGCUUGAACAAGGCUGCAAGGAUGACUUGGAGUGUUGGUUAUACAUGUGCUUCGAUCUAUUCGAUGAUGAUAAAGGCUUGCCAUGGAAGAGAUGUGAACGACAACAAGUGCUCCAAAUGAAAGAGCAAUUUUUUAAAUUAGAAUUCAGUUCCUGUUUUCGAAUAGUACCAGAGGAUUUUAAACGACUUGUAGAGUACAUUAACGGUUUGAAGUAUGCAGAAUUACCCGAUUAUGUAUACUUACGGAACUCCUUAGCUGCCAUAUCGAAGGAAGAAAGAGUGAAUUUCUCAAAACCUUUGGACUGGACAGGUAUAACAACUAAGAAAAAAGACAAAGCUAAAGAAGAGAGUGGUGCCACUGACAGCGAUAUCAAACAACAAGAGACGGGCUCUGGUGAACAUGAUGAGGUGGAGAAAUCAAAAAGCCGCUCAAAAAGUAAACGUAAAAAACACUAG